AUGCCUGGAAUUUACUCUUAUCUGUGCACCCUCGCUCUGGCGAGCAGCCUUGUGAAUGCGAAAACGAUCAAUGUCAAGGUGGCUAACGGCGGCUUGAACUACGACCCCGACACUAUUCGCGCCGAAGUUGGCGAUGAAGUUGCUUUCCUCUUUACCACAGGCACACACGAUGUCACUCUCGGACAAUUCGACAAACCCUGCCAAUUCGCACCGGAUGCCUUCUGGUCUGGACAAAUCAAUAUUCCUGCCAACACGCGAGCAAAUGCUACUUUCACUAUCCCCAUCAUGGAUAGAAAUACCAAGUGGAUCUACUGCAGCGUUGGGAGACAUUGCCAGCGCGGAAUGGUCGGUGUGAUUAACCCGCCCUCUGGGGGCAACCAAAACAUCGGUGCCUUUAAAAAUGCUGCUAAAGAAGCUCCAGAGAGCAACCACCCCACAGCUAUUAACGGUGGAAGCAUCAACAUCGGCGGCGACAUUCAGAUCCCAGGAUUCCCAGGAAACCCCAGCACUUCGAGCACACCCAGCGGUACGUCAUCGCAAACUUCCUCUACAUCACAGCCUACAGGAAGCGAAACUACAUCAGCCACUGUCACAAGACGGCCCUCCAGCAGCGCAACUGGAUCUGCUACUGCUAGUGGAAGCUCGACUCCUAGUCCUACUAGCAACGCCGCGGUGUCCACCUAUAGCCAAGGCGUAUUGAAUGCCGUUCUCGCUAUUGUCGCUGUUGGUGGAACGUGGUGUGGUUUGAUGUAA